AUGGAGGAGCUCAGGGGCGCGGUGACCGCCGGCGACGUCACGCCGGCACAUCCGGGCCACGUUCUCCGGCAGUUGCUUGACGGCGCCCAGGCCACCGAGGCCGUGACGCUACCGCCGGAGGCCGAGCUCGAGAAGGGGAAAUCUUACUUCCUGGUGCCCGCCGCGGAGACGACGGCGCGGUGCGGAGGAAAGGGAGGAGGCCGGACCCAAGGAGGCACUAAGGGCUACGACAUUGCGCAGGCUUUCAACUCAGUGGCCUAUCCUCAUAGCAACGACCAGGUGGAAGUCAUCAACCAGAAAAUCCUUAGGGGUUUACGGGCUCGGCUAGAUCAUGCUGGAGGCAACUCAGUCAAUGAGCUCCCAAAUAUCUUGUGGGCUCAUUGUACCACACCAAGAGAGGUGACCGACAUCACACCAUUCCACCUGGUGUACGGCGGUGAGGCGAUGGUUCCAGUGGAAGUUGGGGUAGAGUCCGAUUGGGUGCAUCUCUACGACGAUGGAAACGCCAAGCGGAGACUCAUGAAGCUCAACCUAGUGGACGAAGCCCGGGACAAGGUCGUCGUCCGGCUGAUGGCGUACAGACAACGCAUGAAGAAGAACUACAAUCGCAGGGUGAUCCCAAGAUCAUUUCAGGUCAACGACCUGGUUUAA